GAAAUUUUUCUUGCUUUAAUUCCAUGUUAAUUCCUUAUUAAUUCCAUGUUAAUUCCUUAUUAAUUCCUUGUCAAUAAUGGGAACGAUUCCUGUAUUCCUGUUAAGUUUCCUCGCUGCUACGGUGGCAGGAAUACCAAUGCCUGACGGGGAGAGCCUCGCCACCGACCAAUCAAAUCCGCAGAUAAAUCGCACGGUCGCCGACGUUGUGGAUAUACGUCGCAAGCUGCAGAGUUCGGCAGCAAAUCUAAUCUCUAAAUCUCUAGUGCAUGAUUUAUCAACGUUUAAAUCUGGUCCGGAAGGGCUCUCAGUCUCUAUCAAAUCCAGCGCUGCAUCCAGCGUCCAGCUCAUUCUGGAUGACAGCGUGGUCCAGCACAGUCAGCUGGAUGAUGUCAGCGUAUUUCAGCGCGUGCGUCACGCUAAUGAAGCUCUUGCUAUAAUUGCAACUCCCACGUCUGACGUGUGGCUGACACGGCUGAACGUGUCAGCUACUGCAGCGAGUGUGACGCUGACGUCGCUAGCGUCGCUGCGGCCAGCGUCAGCGAACGUCACCAGCGUCAGCACUGGGCUCGUGGUGGGUAGUGUGCUAUUCUACAGCACCGCUUCACCCGCCCCGGGGGGCUACCGUGUCCAGCUUGACGCCCUCAACCUCGCCGACAUGAGGAACUUGAACAUUAAAAAUUGGGUUGACAUAUCAUCAGGGAGGCCGCUGAUGCAUUUCUUCACCGUGGCCGGUCGUGUGUACUUCGUACUUGAGGACAAGUUGUACGUUUAUAAGGACGGUUUAUUCGACCGCCUUAACCAUGAAAUGCUGGACACUCGCUACGCAACCAGCAUAACUGGCUUCAACCAGGACAAUGAGUAGUACAUAGUUGUGGGCAUGGACCAGGGGGUGGAAUCUCCGGUGUACGUUUUUGACCCUCUAACGUCAACGUUACAUCUAAUACAAAAACUUGCGAC